CACUAUAUUUUACUCCAUCUUAGACACUUUCGAUCCUCUCAUCUUUAGGGUUUGCGGAGCUUCAGCCGUUUCUCACAUCUCACUUCUCUGCAAUUUCACUCCCUUAGAGAGAAAAAACCAUGGCGGCCGCAGCUCAAAUCAGCAAAAAGCGAAAGUUCGUCGCUGACGGAGUCUUCUUCGCUGAACUCAAUGAAGUCUUGACUAGGGAACUGGCCGAAGAUGGAUACUCUGGUGUCGAAGUCAGAGUUACUCCCAUGCGUACUGAGAUCAUUAUCAGAGCCACUCGUACCCAAAAUGUUCUGGGCGAGAAAGGGAGGAGGAUUAGGGAACUGACCUCUGUUGUUCAAAAGCGAUUCAAGUUCCCUGAAAAUAGCGUGGAGCUUUACGCUGAGAAGGUCAAUAACAGAGGCCUUUGUGCCAUUGCUCAGGCUGAGUCCCUUCGCUAUAAGCUCCUCGGAGGUCUCGCCGUCCGUAGGGCCUGCUAUGGUGUGCUUAGAUUUGUUAUGGAGAGUGGAGCCAAGGGUUGCGAGGUUAUUGUUAGUGGAAAGCUAAGGGCACAACGUGCCAAAUCCAUGAAGUUCAAAGACGGAUACAUGAUUUCUUCUGGUCACCCAGUGAACGAGUACAUUGACUCUGCUGUUCGACAUGUUCUUCUGAGACAGGGAGUACUGGGCAUCAAGGUGAAGAUCAUGCUUGAUUGGGAUCCAAAGGGUAAGCAAGGCCCAACAACUCCACUUCCGGAUCUUGUCACCAUCCACCCUCCCAAGGAUGAUGAAGUUAUCAAGGUGGAAGCACCCGUGCCGACCGAGAUUGAACUUCCGCCAGUGGCUUAAAGCCGACGAUGACUGUUAUGAUAGUCAUCUAUUUGAUAUUUGGAGCAUGUCAAGUGUCUUAGAUUUUGUAGUUUUUAAGUUUGGCACCUAAAAUGAACUUAUGCUGGAUGCUCUUUUAUGAAUUUUCCUUUGGUGUUUCUCAAAUUUUGUUAUACUUAAAACUUAUUACUUGAUAAUUUUAUUCAAGGAUUUUUUAUUCCUUUUUAA